UGGAUUGUAAGGAUUGCAAGACCGACGAGCCUUGCGCUCCUGUUGCGCCGAAAAUGGUGAUAAGUUUGGAUGACAUUGUAGUGGAAUAUUCCAAUUGAUAGAAUUAUAUGUGUUCAAGUACACAAGUCGUCGUAGAUGUGCGAAUGGUUUCAAGAUGGAAGAGUAGAAGAUUGAUGUCUCUGUAUAUCUCCUCCUCGGGAUCCACGCAUGCCAUCUUUAUACAAACACUCCUCCCGCCCUCGACCAUCCUUCGCAACCCGCGGAUUCCAUACUAAUACCUCCCAGACAUCAUCAAGUAAUUGGCCGCGUAUCACCAACGCCAUUUCUGUAACCCACCUUCUCGACAGUAGCCAUUCAGACGUCCCGAACCAGCCAAAACGCACCCACAGAAGCAACCAGAGCUCACAACCACCGGACGAAUCCAUCUACAAAACAAAGCCAUCAAGCCAUCUCCCAGGCAUCUACAUUUUUCCAAUCCUUGGCGAUGACCAAAAAGUGCUUAUUCCUACCCCUAGAACGACACCUUGUGUUACGAAAGUAGCAUGCCAAGAGCGGGGAUUAGUAAACACAAGUCGCAUUGCUCGUAAACAAAGGGUCCGGCGAAUCAGAAUACGGGAUGUAAGUGGAAAUGGUGAGAGUGGUUGUCGAACAGAAGGUGAGAUUUAUUGUGGCUGGUUGGUUACGUGACGUACGGUUCUGGAUGAUUACUGAUGGUGCGGUUUUGCUCCUCGCUAAAGGGCGGAGGGGAGGGGAGCGAUGAAUGGGGAAGGUCA